AAAUAAUCUCAUCUGUCUCGUCGCUGCCCACAUCUAGCUUUGCCGUCUCCCCUCUUGUCUCGUCGCUCUGCUCCCCGCCGCCGCCGCCUGUAGGAUCGGAGGCUACACCGGAGUUUCACGGGCACCCGUUGGCGUCGCCGUCACAGACUUCAUCUCGCGGCUCCUCCCCGUUGCUUCACAACUAUGGGUGACCGACAAUUAGUUGAGCAACAGCACAGUGUUGAUCCACAACUUCCAUCUUCUCCUCCUCCUCCAUCAAAGGAUGAUAUGGUUUCAUGUGUUAUGGCUCUGGAGGCUGCUUUACUUCCCUGUUUGCCAGCCAGAGAGCUUCAGGCAAUCGACCGUUCUCCCCACCCUUCACAUCAAAUUGAUGUGGAUAAGCAUGCAAGAGAUUUCAUGGAGGCUGCCAAGAAGCUUCAGCUUUACUUUAUCAGUCUGCAGCGCGAGGAUAAGCCAACAAAAGCUGAAAUGCUUAGAAAGGAGAUUGCUCUUAUGGAAGAUGAACUUGACAGAAAAACUGAGCUGAUUAAAAAACAAGAAAAUUUAAUUCAAGAGUGGAGAAAAGAGCUGAAAGAUCAGUUGGAGAAGCACAAUGUUGAGUUGGACAGGGUUUAGUGUAAGCUUUUUAGCUCAUGGCCUCCUUUAAAUAUUUAUUAAGGGUGGCUGUCCGUUACCCUCUCUAAUUUAUGAGGUUAUGUUGCCCUCUCCUUUUUAAUUACUAAAACGCUAAUUUGAAGACUCAUUAUUAUCUGUUAUGAAAUGAUACUUAGUACACUAAGCAAUCUUUUAUUGGUCAAUUAUGAGAUAUGGCAGCAAUCAGAAGGGUAUGGAAAAAAAUUUCUUAAAAGUUCAGGUCUCA